AUGAGGGUUGACUAUAACGGGAGCAGCAAGGAGAUGCUGAUCAGGUGGUACCGCCCUCCUGUUCUACGAGGCAGCUUGAAUCUGUUCGUUGGGUUCAGCAGCGCUGCUCUCCCUCCCUUCCCUGGCCGCCUGCCUUCCCCCGUCGUCCUCUCCUCCUGGACCUUCCGAUUCACAGACACCGACCCCUGCAAGGCCUCUCCAGUGCUCCCCUGUGGCAUGGGUGCAUGCACCAAGGCACCUGCCCCGUGGGACCCGUCUAUCCUUGUGCCCUCCUGCAAGUGCCCCUUCAAUCUCCCCUCCUUUGAACCCUCUCACCUCGCCGGCCUGCCCUCCUGCUUCCCUGGUGAGACGUGGAGUGCGGUCGGUGAGAGGUGGAGUGCGGUCGGUGAGAGGUGGAGUGAGAUAGGUGAGAGGUGGAGUGAGAUAGGUAAGUGGUGGAAUGAGAUAAGUGGUGGAGUGCAGUAG